GUGAGGACACACAUUUAUUUUUUAACUUUAUAGUGCUCUCUGUGUAGUUUUAAAGCCUCACAUUAAGUCAGAAAUACCUGAUGAUCCAGAUUUUGCAAUUAAAUGAAAUGCACCUAAAACAGACUUAACUGAAGAAAAAAAAUCAUCAUCGUUGCUGUCUUAUAUUUUUAUCAAAAGAAGUAAGAUGGUUCGCACGCUUGUCUUCUGCUGCCUACUAGGAUUUACAACACAGAUAUCUGCUUCCAGUGCAAACCAUAACCUGACAAUUGUCUAUGCGGGAACAAAUGCAAAUCUACAGUGCAAAUACCAGAGAGGCUUCUCCAACAGUAUUGUAACAUGGCAUGAUGGAAAUGGAAAUAAUAUUAACCUAACAGUGUCUACAAAUUAUAUACCUAAUGAAGGAACCAUUGAGAUCACCAGCAAUGUGUCAUUAAAGAUAGAGGGAGAAACAAAAAUCUGCUGCUCUGUGACACUUAAGAAGGCGCAUCAGAACUCAACAAUCUGUAAGACAGUCAAAGCUGUGAACACGCAUAAUGGUAUUGGUAGCACCAUAACCACUCUUGAAAGUGCAAUUGUCAUCAUUGGAAUUGUAAUAGUUGUUGUUUUCAUCCUUUGCUGCCACCGUGGAUUCAUUUCACGUGGAGAUCAGUUAAUGCACAAUGGAUACCAAAGGGGAGUCAGCGUUUCCAGAUACAGUGUAAGCAAUGACGUUGAAGCAUGCAGAGAAGAAAAAAACAUUAAUGAAAGCGAUUAUUAUUUCAACGACCCAGACUCGAUCCCCCUACAUGGAAAAGAAAAUUCCAGUCAUGUAUAG